UCACGCAGCCGUAGCACUGAUGGCUUAAAUCUGACCUCUGACACCGGGCGUAUACAGUGUUUGUGACUUCACCGAAGAGGAACUAUUAUGGACAUGAUUGCGGGGCUGAGAUAGAACUCUACCACACUUUCGUCAGUCAGCAUCUCGACUUAUUGGAACCACUACAUGAGAAGCUCCUUCGGAUUCGUAAUGAAGCGCUGGGUCGUACAAACCGUUGCUUUUUAGAUUUAAGAACACCAGAUAAUGUGAUAAUGGCGAACUGACUGUGAGUAAUUGCGUCUUAAUAGUGUCCAAUUUGUCAGAGACAAGCAUGGUGUACUGCAGGGAGAGCGGUUUCAGUCUACUUGUUUCUGUGUUUUCCCUAUCAAUAGCAGCUGGAUUAUGUCCCUUCUGGAACGACAGUAUAGAUGACGUGAUCAGAGAUCCCAAGACGGGACACGUGUAUACGGCUGGAGAUAAGGGCAUAAGUCACUGGUCGGAAAAUCUCACUUUCAUAAGCUGUGUUGGCUGGGGCGGUGGUGAAAGAGACCGUGAUGCUGUCAUGGCGAUGGCGUUACAUCCUGGCUCACCUCGUCUGCUCGCGUGCUCCACAGCUCGUGACGGUCUCUGUGCUGUGUACAAUACGUUGAAUAUCACUCAGAGGCAGUGGAUGAACAAUGGAACUAACGACAGCUACAUCAACAGCCGUUCCGUUCUGCUGUUUCUUGGCAAUGUAACAGUGAUAGUAGCGUCAUCAAUUACUGGUACAUCCACGUCGCCCGUCCCCGUGCUGUCGUACCGACGUCUGUCUCUCCCAGAACAAGGCACACCCAGCAUGAACAUCAGUAACAAUCAGUCUGUCACAUCCAGAACAACAGGAAAAUACGAUUUAAAGUUCAUAUCAGGAUUCACCAAGGAGAAUUUCACAUAUUUGCUUACAACCCAGAAUGAAACGUCAAAUGUCUCAACCCGACUCAUCAUGUUUUGCACAAGUGACAGUUCUUUGUUGCCUGUAGUGGACAUGUUACUGUCUUGUAGAACCAUGGACCACACCACAUUCAACCUUGGCCUGGCUAUGGCGGAUACCGGAAGCUCCAUAACUGUGAGUUUUGGAAGGAACGCUAACGGAACUGAAUUUGUGAAAGAUCCCUCCCUAGGAUCCGUUCUUUGCCAGUAUAGGUUUGAUCACCUUAAGAAAGUAGGUUCUGAUGCACUGGAACUCAAAACAUCUGAAAACGUGACGUGGGCAGAUGUCAUAUGUAACCCUAAGGUUGAUGGUGAAGCAAAGCAAUCAAUGUGCCAACCGGGACAAUCUCAAGGUGCAUGCAAAAUACAGGAACACGAUAAUCUCCUUAACAAGCUACCACCGGAAAAAUUCAACUCGGUCUACAGAAACAAAACCACUGUAAUCGCCACAGUUCUGUCGAGUGAAGACGGAAAGGUCAUCGUUGCCACUUCCGAUGGAGAUCUACUGCAAUUUACGAAUGCAAGUGAUGGCAACCUUACGUUAAGCGGCGACGUCAGUGACAGUUUCCCGCCACAUUCUAUCGUCGUCCGAGACAGGAAAGACUCCCUGCGUCUCUUUGACACCAAGAUGAAGGAGGUCGACAUCUGUGAAGGCAAACGCUGUGAGGAAUGUAGUCGUACUCUUCGUUGUGGUUGGUGCAAAGGUUGUAUGUUCCGAGAGGCAUGCGUAAACAACACGUGUAAAGUCCAGACAUGGUAUCCACAGAAGGGCCCGAAAUCUGGGGGAACAGUCAUCACGUUCGAGGGAUGCGGCUUCAAUACCACAGACAGUCGAUAUGAGCAAAUAAAAGUAGCUUGCAGCAAGUGUAAUAAGCUAGAGAACAAUAGUUCCACCACAAUGCAAUGUAAAGUAGAGAAAUUAAAUUGCGGUGACAAUACGAAUGUCCAAACAGGUGUUGUCACGAAGGUCGAGUUUCCUGACUGUACACUUGGAAAUUUUACAAUCAAGCCAGACCCAAACAUCGCAGAUGUCUUCCCGAAAUCAUCCAUACAAAGUGGGGGCCUUACAAUCACAGUCGUUGGGAAAAACUUUGACGUGAUACAACAGCCGCGGAUUGCAAUAACUGUACUGAACAAGACAGAAAAUGGGAACUGUGCCACAAAUGGAACUACUGGUAAAGUCCUUUGUGAGACGCCAUUCUUCCCACUGGAAAAGCAAAAUGAAACAACAGGCACCCUCCGUGUUAUAAUGGACGCGGUGACACGUGAUUUCAACUUCACCAUUUAUCCAGACCCAGUUUUACCAACACUGGGGGGUAAGCUCUUCCAAGGAAGUAAAUUAAACAUUCAUGCUAAGCUCGAUGGCGUCAACGAAACAGAUGUUCGAGUCGAAAUUGGCCGCAGCAACUGUACUGAUGUUCAUUUCAAUGGCACGCUGAUCUCUUGUAUGCCAGAUUGGACGGUUCGAGAAAAGACGCGACAGAAUAUCACGGUUAAAGUAGGCAGAAAUCUUACCCUGGAUGCAGGCUAUGUUGUGUUUGUAAUUCACGGGCCGCCAUCUAAUCACGACGUUAUCAUCGGGAGCGUGGUAACACUCGCUAUCAUUAUCAUCAUUGUUGUCGCCGGAGCAGCCGUCUGUGUCAAGGAGUACAAGUCUGCUCUGCAUUCUCGUCUGCAAUCAGAGUUGACAUCAACUACAGCAGAUGACAGAGUACUGAAUACCUACUUCCUGCUGGAACCCAGGGUCAAGGAGACACUGUCACCGGAACUGAUGCAACGUAUUGAGCAGAACAAGGUCAUCGUGCCCUUUUCAAGGCUGCAACUUCGAGCUACGAUAGGUUCAGGCAACUUCGGGUGUGUGUACGAAGGUUUGUUGUACGCAGAAGAUGAUCAUGAAGAUGGGGGUGAGAAAGUCGCUAUCAAAACAAUGCAGGAUAACAGCCAGAAUAUGGAUCUUGCUAGCUUUGUGGAGGAAGCACUGGUCAUGAAGGGCUUUGACCAUGAGAAUGUCCUGAGGCUGUUGGGGAUCUCUGUGAACCAAAGUCAACAGCCCAUGGUGAUUCUCCCCUUCAUGGCCAAUGGGGAUCUCAUGUCGUUCGUCUCAAAAGACGAGAAGGAGGUGCGGGUGUUCGACAUCCUGAGAUGGGGUGUGGAUAUUGCCGAGGGCAUGAACUACCUGUCAUCUCUUAAACUGGUUCAUAGGGACUUGGCGGCCAGGAAUUGUAUGCUUGAUGACAACCUGCGCGUGAAGGUGGCAGACUUUGGAUUGUGCAGAGACAUCUACGAGAAAGGUUACUACACCAGCGACAACAAGAAGAAGCUGCCAAUCCGCUGGAUGGCGCCAGAGAGCAUGGAGAGAGGAAGCUACAGCUCCAAGUCUGACGUGUGGUCCCUGGGGGUGGUUCUGUGGGAGAUGCUGACACGUGGUGCCACGCCCUACCCAGGGGUGGAAGUUUGGGACAUUGCGCGCUAUCUGCAGUAUGGACGACGCCUCCAACAGCCGUGGUUCUGCAGUAAUGAACUGUAA